UUGUCAUUGGCGGCCCCGUGGUCUAUAAAGAGAGGGGGGGGCGAGCCGCCUCUCACAGCCGUGGAACACGCCGGGUGUCGUGACGGACGUGCAGGGUGCACGAUCUCUCUCCCUGUAUCUCUCUCCCCGUCUCUCUCUCCCCGUCUCUCUCUCCCUGUCUCUCUCUCGUGCCCUACAGGGCAUCCCUCUGCUCGCCCCCCCCCCCCCCCCCAGCAAGGUGAACAAACUCACGACUCGUGCCGUCACCGCGCCGCCAGUAGGGCCCGGCAAUUGGCACUUCUCUCGAUCUUGGCGAAGGAACGCUCUUCGUGCCACGACGUCAGAGGAGCGCGGGAGCCAUGAGGAAGCUGCUGUUCUUGAGGAGGCGUGGGGCCGCCGCCUCCAACGACAACAACAGCAGCCACCACCACCAGCAGCAGCAGCAGCAGCACACGGACACGGCGCUGUCCACCACCAAGCCUCCGCGGGUGUCCGUCAAAGAAGCCAGAGCGUGGAGCGAGUCCCUGGACCGACUGCUCAGCCAUAAAUAUGGGCGGGUGGCAUUCCUCGCUUUCCUGCGCACGGAGUUCAGCGAGGAGAACCUGGAGUUCUGGCUGGCGUGCGAGGAGUUCAAGCGCAUGAAGGCCGAGUCCAAGCGCCUGGCGCGGGCACGCAAGAUCUACUCGCAGUUCAUUGCCAACCAUGCUCCCAAGGAGGUGAACCUCGACUGCCUGACGAGGGACGCUACGGAGGCCGGGCUCCCGGGAGCGGCUCCGGGGGCGUUCGAGCCGGCGCAGAAGCGGAUCUACGGCCUCAUGGAGCGCGACUCGUACCCCCGCUUCCUGCUCUCGCCGCUCUAUGCCCGGCUGUCGGGCCGGGCCAGCAGCUACGACGAUGACGAUGCCUGAGCGGGGCGUUGCAGGAUUUGGGGAGACACCACCCUGGGAGCGAGCGAGCGAGCAUCGUCGUUCUGCCGAACUGUCGUUCUGGGCGGGAAUGGCCCCAGCCGCGAUGCAUCACGGCUCCACCGCUGCGUUCACCCGAGGGAGGGAGCCGCGAUUGAACUUUUCAGAGGUUUAUUUUUUUAUGAUUAUUUUUAGUUUCUCCCCCGUUCCUCGAUCUGGGCGAGCGAACGCACUCUCCGCAUGUGUUCGCGGCAUGGUGGUGACAUUGACGAAACACCACAAAGUCAAAGAUCCCCCGUGUAGCCUGCAACAGACUGUCGGGGCAAGUUGUGAGCAGCAGCGCCUAUGAUGGACAGAAUGGCGCACGAGGGGGUGGGUUGGCAAAUACCACGCCCGGCCGCCUUCGGCUCCCCCAGUGGCGAUGUUUACUACACACCGCACCGGGUACUUACUUGAGGCUGAGUCGACCUCAGGGAGUCCCAGAACCGGUUCAGAUAAUCGUCACACGGUGUUGGCCGUGCGCAGGAAUCGAACUCGGGUCACCGGGGUUCGUGGCGCUGCACCACAACCGCUCUCCACCCACUGAUGAAACGUGAACAACACCAACAAACAGCCACCAUUCGCCACUAAGUGGCGCGGUGACACUCACCAAGGUGCCUGCGCCAGGCCAGGUGCACUUAUGAAGAAACGACCUCCCACAGAAGCAGCAACACGGCCAGAGUCAAGUCCCCCAAGCGUCCUGAAGCUGAAAUGCGAACCUCAGGCCCAUGCACUACCCAUUGGGUAGUCCAGAGCCUGGUGGUGGAAAAAGUCCAUCACAUUCCUGCGGUGCGUGGGAAAACACCACACCUCUUCACCUCGAAUGACAACCGGAUUCGUGGCUUCCAUAGAGGUUCAUCAUCAUUGGUGGAUUCUGGGGGGACGAAGAUCUGAACGCAUGUACAACAUUCCCCCCCCCCCCCCCCAUUUGCGAGGAAACGCCCCGGCUCUGCCUCGCCGCUGUGGCUCAGACAAUUUCUGUGGAGGUGGCGGCGGGGAGGGGGGGGCAUUGAAAAAUGUUCAGUUUGGCUUUGGUCUCUUAAAAAAAAAAACUGUGAUUUGAGUAUCGAAAGGGAGGACAAUUCCGCGCGUACCGCCCACAAGAGAUGAACAACAAACAGAGGUCGACUGUCACCUUUAUUGUCACGGGAGGAACGGGAACCUCCGUAGCUCUCGGCCACUUUGGGAACACGUGCGUGUGUGUACGUGUCUGCGUGUGUAUGUGUGUGCGUGUGGGGAGCGGUAGCGCAAGCGGUUAGCGCUGUGCUGCACUACCAGCCCAGGGACCCGAGGUUGGAUUCCCGCAAACGGCCACCAAUGCCGGUGACGAUGAAUCUGAACCGGUUCUCGGCCUUCCCCUAGGUCGACUCAGCCUCAAAUGAGUACCUGGUGCGGUGUGCAAACAUCACCACUGGGGAGACAAAGGCGGCCGGGCGUGGCACUGGUCACCCACGUCCUCGUGUGCUGUGCCAACCUUCAUCGGUGCUACUCGCUAACAGCACUUGCCCCAACAGUCUGUUAAGGCUACAUGGGGAUCUUUGUCUUUGUGCGAGUCAGGACACCGCGGGCGGUGAUCCAAAUGCUGCUUGUGUUGACACUCGCUCACACACGCACGCACAAAACAGCAGCCCGACUGAAGUCGGAGAGACAGCGGUGAAAGCGGGGGAUGUGGCAACGCCACAAAACGAGUUGUCAUUGGGAGAUUGUCGAUAACCAACCAAUGAUUAAAUGAACCCGAUAAUUGUCGAGGCAAAGAACCACUCCGUUAAGCUUGACAUACUUUGUUUGGGCAUUGAGUCACAGGCCACUUUGCACAGCAGUACAACUUGUAUGUACGAGAUCUUUUUUUUAUUCCCAGUAUCAAAAAAAUGGUGAUAAAAAUAAGAAUCGGCGUCAUGUCCUUUCUGGCAGUAAAACAGGAAAUUGAUAGCGGCCAAAUUUACUCUAAAUGCGUGUGUUUAUAAAUGUGGAAGGACAAAAUCGGAGGACCCAGAGAAAAAUCCAAGUGACUUCAGGGAGAGAGACACGCAAACUCCAAAUAUACAGCAGCAGGAGUCUGGGGUCGGGAUCGAACCCACGACCUCCUGUAUAGCAGGCGAGGUAGUUGACAUCUCACAGCCAACGUUAAGAUGUUCAAACACUAAAUAGACACACACCUAUUGCAAGGCAUCAUCAAGUUUGCAUUAAGCACACAGUCCUUGUGGUGAACAUGCAAACAAACAUGGUUCUGAUCAUUAUAAUGUUUUGUGUUUGAAACUGGUUGGCCUACACCAGAGACUGCAGCUUUCUUUAUGGCCUUGUCUUUGCAAGCAGUUGUAACAGGAUAAGAUGAAUCCGUGACAGAAUGAAUGAUACAUUAUGUUAAUGUUUAGGCCCAUAUGUGGAAUAAUUGGACAUGGCUUUGCCCAUAUAAGGAAUACUUAAACAGGAAUCGAUAGAUUUUUGUUACGAUACAAAGCUUGAUCCAUGCUUGAUCCGUGCUCGAGCACCGAUGGAGCACAGAUAAAGCAUGAAUGAUAUCUGGAUCUAAAGUGACGAUUUGUGGAUCGAAAAAGCCCACAUUAGGCCACCCUUGACGCUGAUUGGCUUCCUUAUACAUUAACAUAAUUUAUCAUUGAUUCUGUCGCGGAUUCAUUGUAUUUUGUAACAGUGCCCUCUCAAAACCCCCCUUGCAAAUCCCACCCACCACUGAAUGGGGAAGUCGCUUCUGUCGUUUGGAACUCCACCCCCUCUCCAUAAUAGAGGUGCAUUGCAUUUCAAGAUCUGGCUGUCGCCUGCUGAUGCUGGUUGUAAUUAUUGGCGAAACGUUGUACUCGAAUUGUAAAUGUUGUGGGUUUAUCCAUAACAGGUUUUUGGGUUGUAACUAAUUGUCACGUUUUGUUCACGUGACAAACCUUGCUAAUUGGCUGUCGAGUGGUGGUGAGUUUAAUGACACAUUUAUAUUUACCCGAUUUAACUCAAACACUUCUAUUAUGGUUCACCCCCUCUCUCGGCAAACUCCACCCCCUCCCCACACACACAGACACACAGACCUGUAUGAGUCUAAGUUCUAGACCGUUUUUUCUUCCACUGAAGGUUCGAGACCACUGUUCCCACACAGCACGCUAAUCUUGUGCAGCAUCAUGAGGUUAAACGUUGCAUUUAAAUGCGGUGUAAAUUUUAAUUUCCAUUGCAUCGUUUUCACAUACAAUCGUCAGUGGCACCAUGAUCUUGUGUGUGUGUACGUUGAAUUUCUUUCGCACCGCCGUAUGUAGCCAACCGUGCUAAUCGGACUAAACACAAAAAGCAGUUCUAAGAAAAUAAAUGAGUUUGUCAAUUUAGAUGAUGAUUUAAAAGUGCAUUGCUCCAGGGGCUUCCUAAUAUCGGACAGAAGAGCGUUCCAGACGGCCGCAGAAGCACAUCUGAAAGCACCACUCGGUUAGCCAGAAGCCACGGUUGUGGUUGUUGACCGCACAGAGCCAGGCCGGGUAUUUUUUUUUAUGAUCCGUUAAACUGGGUAACGUAUUUGCUUAGAACACUUGCCGAUGUUGGUGGACAGAACAAAAUUGAGGCCCUCGUUUCGAAUGCCGAACCACCCACGCACGCUGGCUGCAUAGCUGAACCCUCGUUAGCAAAACACUGGGAACGCAAUGAGCUGCUUUAUUUAAUUACCCUCACCAGAUGUUAUUGUGUUUUUUAUUAUCUCGAGAACAUUUUGUCUCUGUUGUUACGUACGUGAAACUCAAGUGUAGAUCUGGCUGUGCCAACCUAUGCUGCGCUCGUCAAACGGUGACAUGUUGCGUUCGUGUUACAGCAUUUUGUACAUCCUGAAUAAAUUUGAAAAAAAA